UCGAAUUUACCGGAAGUAAAUCAAAAUAAAACAGACGGGACUCUGAUUCUCAUCUUCACAGGAAGCCAAAACUUCACUUCUGUUGAGUUUUUUAAACUCUUCCAGCGGGAUGUCUUUUCCCUCAGCUUUCAGUACGCAGGUGGCCGCCAUCAUGGAUGUUCUGGCCAAAGCUGCGGUGGCAGAAAUAACGAUGCUGGUGGAGGAGGGGAGCGUGGCUCUGCGGCUGGAGGUGAGCAGGAGGGACGGUGAGAUCCAGGAGCUCCGGAGUAAGCUGAAGAGGACGGAGGCUGAGCUCCGGAAAGCUCAGGAAGCGGCUGCAAGGCGAGCUACAGCCGAGAAACAGGUGCAGACCGCAGCAGCGGCGGGUCAGGAACCGUGGAGAGAUAAGGAGAAGCAUCCUGAAAUUGACGGGGAUUAUCCUGAACUAAAAACUGCUGAUUCAUUCUGCGAGACUCACAUCAGUCCUGAUGUGAAGCAAGAGCCAGAAGGUGAACUUCGGUUUGAUGAAACAACCGAGCAUGCAGCAACGGACGCACCGGAUCGAGGCGACCCCAUCUGGCCGGCUUGUGGAGUGUUUGAGAAAGGCUCUGUUGCAGUUCAGGAGCAAUCACAGAUGUUUCCAUCUAAUGACAUGCGAAGUACAUAUUUACCUUCAGGAAAGGAAGGAGAAGAUGUUUGCUUUAAUGUACCGGUGAAAGAAGAGCUCUCUGUGCUUGUUGAGUCUGUCUAUAAAGACGAUUUGCUUCCUGGUGUCGUUCGGGAUGAUUGUAUGGAGUCUGGAGGCCCGUCAGCAGCUUCACUUUAUACACAGGCAGAAUCCUCUGGAUCAAAUGAAGAGAUUAUCAACAGGAAAAUGAUCUGCAGACCAAAACGGCUUAUGACCAUGUGGCGAGGGAAUCAGAGCGUCUACAUCUGCUCGGUGUGCAACAAGAGUUUCCUCCGCUUGUCUCAGCUGGAGGAGCACAAGAGCACCCACCAGGCCUCCAAACCUUUCAGGUGCCUCGAGUGUGGGAAGUCGUUCACACAGAAGACCCGGCUGAAGACGCACCAGCGGGUCCACACGGGGGAGAGGCCGUUCAGCUGCAGCAUCUGCGGGAAGAAGUUCUCCAGGCAGGACAACUGCCUGAGACACGAGCGCUUCCACAGCGGGCUGAAACCGUUCAGCUGCAGGCAGUGCGGGAAGAGCUUCACCGUGCUGGGAAACCUCAAAAUCCACCAGGUGAUCCACCUGCGUGGACGGUACUUAAAAUGUGGCUUCAUAAACACCACAGAGCAAAUGGAAAGAAAUGCAGCGUGUGAGCGCUCAGCGGGCCUAACUAACUGUCUGUUACCGCCAGCCGGAGACCCGCUGAAGCCCAACGGGACUGGCUGGAUCAUCAUGUUGAACGGCGUGGCUCUGCGCUCCCAGAUCGCCUCCGUGGUUGAUGCCCUGGCCAAAGCAGCUGUGGCAGAGAUCUUCAAAGUUGUGGAGGACGGCAUGGUGGUGCUGCGGCUGGAGAUGUGCCAGCGGGAGGAUGAGAUCGAGAGGCUGAAGAGCAGCAUGGAGGUCCUGCAUGGAGAGCUGCGGGCGGCGCGGCAGGCGGAGACCCACCGGCUGGAGCACCGCGGAGGAGACGAAAGUCAGAGGGGUGUUGGAGAUGAGAAGAUCUUGGUUGAGAAGGUUCCCUCUGUGGAAAACCAUAGCAUGUCAUCUGUACCUGAAGCACAAAAUAAAGGUGAACUUGUGAAGGAGGGAAACGAGGACAGCAGAGGACAGCUGGACAGGCCAGUUGAAGGGUCUCUGUAUGGAGGUGGGCAGUGGAGGCCAGGGGUGCCGAAGGAGGCUGGAGGCAGCAGCUCUGAAUACUUAACUCUAGGUCAAAACUCCUUGUCGUGUCUCUCCGAGCCUUCGUUGGAUGGCGGGCUUGUUCUGUCCUGCAGCAGCUCCGGCGGGUUUCCACAGAGCCCCUUCAGCCGCGGCCUGCUGGGUUACAACCAGUACAGGAACACUGUGCGCAGGCGGACGGUGAAGAGGCUGAUGUUCAAGAAAGGUUUCAUUUGUCCGUACUGCGGCAAGUGCUUCGAGCGAGCCGGACACCUGGAGAGACACAAGAGGAUUCACACGGGUGAGAAACCGUAUCGCUGCGAGAUCUGCGGACGGCGGUUCAACCAGAAGUGCAGCCUUAAGGAGCACAUGAAGAUUCACAGAAGAGGUCUUCAGACGAGACCAGGAGAGGUCCAGAUGAGCCAACAAAUCCCAAUCCCACAGGUGAAUCCAUGUAUGGAACAGCAUCGGCCUGAAGAGGUUAGCCAGGUGAAGGCCGAUGAUAACCAAACAAAGUCUGAAGAAGUUCUGCCAUCAUCCGUGCAGGUAAAAUCUGAGCCUGUCGAGGAAAAUAUUACUCAACCGCAGCUUCAUGUGGAAAACAAUCAGGCAACAAACAGAGCUGACAACAUGGGUGAAAACGUAACAUCAGUGGAUCAAGGCAGCCAACUGUGGGCAUCCAGGUUACAGAACAAUCCGACAGAGUUUCUAAACAGCUCGUCGCAGAACAUGUCUUCCUUCCCUGCCAUUACUCAGUUACUCCAGCCACCAGAGGAAACUUCCUAUAGCAACUUUUCCGUCCAAGGAAAAAUGUACGGGCAGCUGAAAACCUCCACUGUCCCUCAGACGCCUUAUGGGUGUUCAGGGUCGGUCAUCAUCUCCAGUAACCCCGACUUGCGAGACGCGACAGAGGCCUCGAACCACCUCAGCGAGAGGAAAAACCGUCCGUUUCGAGUUCUGAAACCAAAGAAAUGCUUUGUGUGCACCUACUGCGGGAAGGUGUUUGAGCGAGCCGGACACCUGGAGAGACACCUGCGGAUUCAUACUGGGGAGAAACCGUACGGCUGCCAUAUCUGCAGGAGGUGCUUCAACCAGAAGAGCAGCCUCAAAGGUCACAUGAAGACUCACAGAAACGGGACGACGACAGACAUGCUGGAGGCCCAUCACCUGAUGUUCUCGGUGUCCGACAAUCAGCUGAUGGAGAGUUACAUGGAAACCAGUAACGGGCCAACAGCUGCGGAUGAGCCGUUUCCCGCCCCGGCGUACGCUCACUCCAUUAAGGAGGAGCCGCUGGCGGUGAAGCUGGAGCCCAGCGACGAAAACUUCCUCUCCGUGUCUCAGGUGGGGACGGACAACAGAGCCGCAGCAGCAGACAAAAGUUUACUGUGGACGUCUGCAGUGGAGGAAAGCAUCGACAGCCCAGAUCAACCAGUCUGUGUACUUUUACAAGACGUGAAGUACCACCUCAGUUCUCCUGCAGGGGGAGCCAGUGAGCAGCAGGGCUGCACCUCAAAGGAUUUGGCUUUUAUAGACAACAAAGUAAAGGAGGAUCAAUUUUCGGCUGUGGGAUUGCAGCAAAGGACUUCAAAUGUAAGUCACGAUCUGGCUGGAAGGGAUUUCUGCUUGGAGAGCGGCGACGGCGUGAACCAAGAUGGCGUCUACGAGUUUACCCUGAAAGCAUCGGACAGCUUCGAGGAGAGCUGCAGCACAGACCCCGCCAGACAGAACUACAUCUGCUCCAGCUGUGGGCAAAGCUUUGACAGUUUCCAUAUUUUCCAGGAGCAUCAGUGUGAGAAACUCCCAGAGCAGCCGUUGAGCUGCGAGAUCUUGUCUAUCACGUCGUCUUAUGUUUUGUUUUCAGUAAUUUACCGAUACAUUGUGGAAAAACGGAGGAACUUACACCUUUUUUUUUUACCUGCUUCCAACAUUAAACCCGUGAACAUGGCUUCGUGCGUUCCCUUCCAGACACAGUUAUCCUCCAUAAUGGAGGUCCUGGUGAAGGCAGCAGUGGCACAAAUCUCCAAGCUGGUGGAUGACAAAUGUGCCUUCUUGCAUCUGGAAAUAUCCCGCAAACAAAGCGAGAAUGAGAUGCUGAAGAGGAAGCUGCUGCUGAUGGAGAGCAAGAAUGCGCAGCUGCAGCGGGGAUUCGAAAACUACAUGGAUCGAGGAACUGAUUUAGGAAGAAACGUUUCACAUCCCACUAGAGACUUAAAGUUUCCUCAGAUUGAAGGGUCCAGUGUUUCCUUCACAAUUAAGGAAGAAAGUCCAGAUGAGGCGCUGUGGAUCAGUGAUUCUGCUGCAGCCAUUGGCAAUGCUGUCCCGUAUCCUGCUCAGGAGAGCCAGCAGGUCAUCCAUCCAGAUGUUACCAGACUCAAGCCUGCAGAGUUCAGCGGCCCGUUCAGCUCCGGCCAGCCGCCAGUCCACAUCAGCAGCCUCCAGUUCACAGUGAAGACAGAGAAGGAGGAGGACCAGCUGUCCUUCAGACAGGACGGAUGCCAGCACCGUGUGGGGAAGCAGACUCCCACCGCUGUCGACUAUCCCAUGGACGAGCGGGAAAGUCAGCUUUGGUCAUCGAUCAUCGAAGGGAAUGAAAUCGACACCGGGUUUCCUGAUUUCUCCAGCGUGGUGGAGGAAUAUUCCAGCUCCUUCUCUGAGCACUCGGAUGCCACGAACAUGGCAUCCAACACCAGUAAGUCGCCUGGCGUCCAGGAGCAGUGCAACGGGGUGUACGGCGGCGAGUAUCAGAAGGACGCGCAGCUGUCGCAUUUCCAGCCCGGAGUGCAGGACAAGCAGAAGGAGCAGCUGUUCCUGCAGCGGAGCAGCUCCCACGCCGCCCAGCUGGGCCCGCCGCAGGAGGAACAGCAGAGGGAGGCGGGCGCCGAGGACGGAGUGAACGCCACCCAGCCGGCUAACGCCUUCACCACCAGCUGCUUCUACACUCACACCCCCCACAAACCCAUCGCCCCUGUUUCCCGCGGCUACGCCUGCUCCCAGUGCGGCAAGUCCUUCAGCCGCCUGCACCAGUUCAAGCUGCACCUUCAGAGCCACAGGAGGAAGCGCACGUUCUGGUGCAGCGUGUGCGGAAAGAGCUUCCAGUGCUCGUCCCACCUCAGCAUCCACCACCGGACGCACACGGGGGAGAAGCCGUACGGCUGCGGACAGUGCGGGAAGCGGUUCACGCAGCAGAGCAGCCUGCGGGUGCACCAGCGCACACACAGCGGCGAGCGACCCUACAGCUGCUCGCAGUGCGGGAAGUCCUUCAUUAUGAUGCACCACCUGAAGCGACACAGGAUCAUCCACACCUACAGCUGAGGCGCCGGCGGCUGCCAGAACCAAAUGAAAGAAGCCAAUGAACCACAGCUUGUUUGUUUGUUUGUUUGCUUUACUGAGCAGAAUCCAUCUGGGCUUACGACAGAGUGUUAGGGCCAUGCUAAAAAAUUAUUUAAAAAACACAUUUAUGGGAAUAAAUUUAUAAUAUUAUGAAAAUAAAUUCAUACAAGAAUAAAGUCAAAAUAAUAGGAGAAUAAUGUCAUAGUAUUACAAGACUAAAGGCAUAAUAUCAUGACUUUAUUAGUAUAUUAUUUUGACUUUAAUUUUGUACAACUUUAUUCCAUAAUAUGACUUGAAAUCCUGCAUUUUUUCUCAUAUUUAUUUUAUUCUUGUACAAUUUUACUCUAAUAACAUGAGUUUAUUGUCAUAAUGGCGACACCAUUAUCAUGAAGUCAGUAUGAGACUUUAUACAGAAUAAAGUUGUAUUUUUAUUCUCGUGCAACUUUAUUCUAGUAAUAUUAUGAAUUUUCUCGUAUUAUUUCGAUUUAAUUCUCAAAAUACUUUAUUCUCAGAUUACUAUGCCUUCAUUCUUUUAUUUUUUACAUUUUGUCUUAAUAUGGCCUUAAUACUCCGUCGUAGGAUCUGCUUUUUGUUUUAUGAUAAUAAAAAUGUGAGUGAGUUGUGUGAGAAAUGUCUGAAGCUAGAAAUCCAAAAAAAAAGAACAAAAAAAAAAGAUGUGGGACCCUCAAACAAAACCUUCCACCUUUGACUGUUACAGAGAAUCUAGAACAGGGCUGUCCAAACCUUGUGUCAUCGAAUCAGAAGUACGUAGAGGCCAUGGAAAUAGAAAAAGCUAUAAUCAGGCUAAAACGUCCACUUUUUUUGUUUAUUUUUGUUUUUUUUUGUAGGAAAGGAAUAUUGUUGUAUUAAAAAAAAAAAAAUCCUGUUUGCCCUAUUAAAAGAAAGGCAUUUAGUAAAAUGUAUUCUCAAUUAUAGGAACAGAAUUUGUUUCAAUACGUUUGCUACAUUUAGCCAAGUUUAUAAGUAAACUAAAAGCUUCAGCAAAGUGAGCUUUUCACUAAAACUCUUACUUCUGCUGCUUUGAUAUAAACACAUUAAUAAUUUGUGCUGCACUUCACAUUUUUCAUUGCAAGGAAAUUUUAUCGGUAAUAAUUUUACUCUGAUUACAGAUAAAAACUUUUAUUUUCUGUCAUCUGACCGGCCAAAUUUGUAUCAAUCUUCAACUGCAGUUGAGCGCCGAAUAAAAUCGAUGCAAGGGCCACAAUUGGCCCCUAGGCCACACUUUGGACACCCCGGAUCUGGAACGUGUUACACACUCCUGCCUGAGAAGCCAGAUUGCUGCAAAAAUGAGAUCGUAUAAAAUAUUUAGAAGUUUUUUUUUCUUGUUUCAGGUAAAAUUUACAAAAUUAGACUUUCAAUAAACCUGAUUAGAGUAAGAAAGUUACCAACAAACAUUGAAAAUGUUCUGGAUCUUUUUAUUUAGUUCCAACAUUCAGACUUCUUUGGUUGCAGUUUGUCAACCUGCACCGUUUAACUUGCAGAAGUUCUCCUAUUUUAUCAGGUUGUGAGAACAAAUUUCAUCCACAUUCCUCGUUUUUUAAAAUUCUUCUCCAAUUUGACAAAAAAUCUAUUUCAGUCUGAAGUUAAGUAAACCCUCACCAUGAUGCUGCCUCCACCGUGUUUUACUGUUUGAUGGCGUUCUAUUGGUGAUAUGUCUGUGCCAAACCUCUGCUCCAUUGGACCAAAACUCACUCCUCCGAAAAGCAUAAAUACAGUCAUACAAUAAAUAGGGAUGUUAUUGAGAAGCUCCUUUAUUUCAGUAACUCAACUCAAACCCUUUACAUAAAUAGACACAGAUUUUUGUUUUUAAAGCUUAUAUUUUUAUCAAUUAUGAUUUUGCACUUAAAGUUAAUGAAAACAAAACAUUUAAGAUUAAAAUUUGACUUCAGAUCAAUAAAAAACACAUUAUUAAUACAUAAUUGAGGGCUAAAUGAAAACUAUUAAGUUUAAAAAGUUACUUUUAGACUGAUAAAUAAGCCUCAUCCUAACAUUGAUUCUAAUUUCUCAGGUGAGUCGUCUUUGAAAUGCUUUAUCUGACUUUUCAGCAGAGGUGUGUUGAUGCACCUGUACCUGCACAGAGACGGUUUCACUCUGUCGUGUAAACGAGCGCCGCAUCCUGUUAGGAUGUAAACUGAUGCGUUGUUCCGUGUUUUAUCCCUGUAACGCCUGAGCUUUCUGUUCAGACCUCCUGAAGCAUUUCUCAGGUUUUAAUGCCAGCAUCCCGACGUCCACAAAAUCCCUUUGUGUUUUACAUUAAACAGACCUGAAGAACAGACUGUUGACUCUGAUUUAAAGGAAAAAUGGUGUUGACAUUUCAGAUAUUUUUAGAUCUCUGAGUUUCUGAAGUGACUUUUUAAUUGGAGGUGCACUGAUUGUAGUUUUCUGGCCGAUCACCAAUCUUUAAUUUCUUUUUGAUACCAUUUUUUUAAUAACUGACAUUGUCAGGGGUUUAACUGUGACAAUACACGUCACAGUUACAAUCUUAUUUUAUUGAGAAACACUGAACAAUACCUGUGAAACAAUACAAACUUGUUUUAACUGCUCAUGAGGGAGAACUCUCAAGUGUAAAUGAAAAACGUAGAGCAUUAGCUUUGAAAUUAGACACUCAGAAAUUUUACAAUCUAAACAUUUUCUGAGAUUAAUCCCAAAAUUUCUGAUUUUUUUUUUUUUUUGGCAGAAAUGUACUCCUUUUUUAAUCUCUGUGUGCAAUAGCCCUAAUAUGUUGUCGUAGACAUGAAAACAUUGGGGAAGCAGAACUUUUUAAAAUGUUUGGGCUGAUGUUACAACUUCAUUGAAGCUUGUAAUAAAAGAACAGCAGAGGGCGCUGUGACCCAUCGUUUGAAUGUUAGAGAUGUUUUAGUUGCCCUUUGCCUAUUUCUCAUCUGACCAAAUCUAUCAAUCAUGUUGAUCCACAUAACUGGAUAUUUUCUCUUAUUUUAUAAACCCAAACUAAAAAGGUGGGUUGUGUGAAAGUAGAUUUUUUUUUUCCUGAAAUACUCAGAGCAGCUUGUCUGGCUUCAGAGUCUCUUUACUCCCUUUCCUUCACAUUUUGAACAGGUGUGCCUAAUAAAACCUUUCUUAUUCCCAA